CUCCCGCUCCGCCCUCGCGGGUGGCCCCGGACGGGGCGGUGCCCGGCGCUGCUCGGAGGAGCCGGGACGGGAGCGGGAGCUGGGACCGACACCGGGAGCGGGACGGGGCAGCGGCGGAGAGAGGUUGUCGGGAGCGUUUAACCGGGCUCACCUCCCAACUUGCCGUUUGCACUGGAGAGGCGUAUUGACAUGAAAAGUAAGGAAUGUAUUAGCAAAUAUUGAUCGGCGCUGGGGCAGUCAGGCGUUGCACAGGCACCCUCUGAGAUUGUGGCGUGUUAUUUGGAGCUUUCCACGAGACACUUGUGCUGCUGGGAGGCUGGGAAGGCUGUCGCUUCCGCGGGAGGUAAAAUAAGAACAUGGCAUGAUGUCCUUUGGAAAAGGAGCGAUGGCAGCCAUCAGGAAGAAGCUGGUGAUCGUGGGAGACGGUGCCUGCGGGAAGACGUGUCUGCUGAUCGUGUUCAGCAAGGACCAGUUCCCCGAGGUCUACGUGCCCACCGUGUUCGAGAACUACAUUGCUGACAUAGAGGUAGAUGGGAAGCAGGUGGAGCUGGCCCUGUGGGACACGGCGGGACAGGAGGACUAUGACAGGCUGAGGCCCCUCUCGUACCCGGACACAGACGUCAUCCUCAUGUGCUUUUCCAUCGACAGCCCGGACAGCCUCGAGAACAUCCCUGAGAAGUGGACGCCGGAGGUGAAGCACUUCUGCCCCAACGUGCCCAUCAUCCUGGUGGGGAACAAGAAGGACCUGCGGAACGACGAGCACACGCGGCGGGAGCUGGCCAAGAUGAAGCAGGAACCGGUGAAGCCAGAGGAGGGGAGGGACAUGGCCAACAGGAUCAACGCCUUCGGGUACCUGGAGUGCUCGGCCAAGACGAAGGAAGGGGUGCGGGAGGUGUUCGAGAUGGCCACCCGGGCCGGCCUGCAGGUCCGCAAGAACAAGAAGCGCAGAGCCUGCCCGCUGCUCUGAGCAGCCCCCCGGCCCCUGCGCCAGCACUGCCUGCCCUGCCCGGGGAGGGAGCACUGGCAGCCAAAUGGGACCUCGAGGUGCCAGUACCUGCCCUGAACCCUCUGCACCGGAGCUGCCACCCGAGCCCGCGGGGUGUCCCUGCGGGAUUCCGGGGCCACGAGGGGCCAGUGCCUUCAGCACCCGCUGCUCUCCGAGGGCAGGGUGUUUGUGUCGCUCCCCGUGUCGCCCUGUUUUGUACUGAUUUCCCUGGUUUUGCCUUUCCCCUGGGGAUUGCCAUGGUAUUCAGCCUCCCUCCCCAGCUCCGGGCAGGUGCUGCAGAAGCUGGAGGUGCCCACAGCUCGUGUGUUGGGUGUGCUGGGCCCCCGAGGUGCUCUGCCUGCUCCCCCUGCCGUGCAGGCAGCACACACCAGUGUUAGACAGACUUGCCUGGGCAGCUUUAGCCCUGUCUGUGAUUAGAGCCGGGCUCAGCUGCUGCCAGGAGUGCUCUGCUCCCGGGAUGUGUGCCCAGCCCUGCCGGUAUCGCCGCCUUCGAGUCUGCCUCGGUCACGGACUUGGCACCAGUAAACUGAACUGUGUAAUUGGGAGAAUAAAUGCAAACUGGUAUUUUAGUAAUUGUAA